AGCUAAUUGAAAUCGAUGUUCCCAAAUGAGGCCUUUUUUUUGUGGUAGGGGCAAAAGCCAUUGCAUGUGACGAACUGGAAAAUAAUUUAUUUUGGACUUUUAGUAGAUAGAUGGAUGGGCGGGGUACAUAUUCUUAGAAACUACGUGCGCGAAUGAGAAAUUGCACUUCUCUUUGUUUCAUGCAAAAGGAAAAUAAUAAUUCUAAUGUGUCAGAAAACAAGAAGUGUUUAGGUCUUUCAUUUCUGCAUAUCUACCUCCUGACUCUCCAUGUACUGUCAGCUUGUUCUACUGGUUGGCACUAAACUGCAACAUGUCAUAGCAACUUUGGCAUUGGAGAGUGCGGCGAGCUCUUUCCAGGGAACUAAGCUAAAGCCAAGAGAUGAACUGUUUUGGUUCAAGAAGCCAGAAUUACUGCUAUCCUUGAUUCAUUUCGUCCUCUUCCAGAAUGCAUUUGAGCUUGCUUCCUUCUUCUGGUUCUGGUGGCAGUUUGGCUAUAAUUCGUGCUUUAUAUUUAACCACACACUGGUGUAUCUACGGCUAAUAUUAGGGUUCGCCGGACAGUUCCUAUGCAGCUAUAGCACCUUACCGCUCUAUGCACUGGUUACUCAGAUGGGAACAAACUAUAAGGCUGCCCUUAUUCCUCAGAGAAUAAGAGAAACUAUUCAUGGCUGGGGGAAGGCCGCGAGGAGGAAAAGAAAGCAUCACACGGUCGACGAUUCAACAACUGUGCACACUGAUGCCAGCAUGGUGUUGUCCAUUGAAGAAGAUCACCGGUUGCUCGACAGCCGUAAAACAUCAGCAGCUAUUAUUGAGUUACAGCAUGUCAGUGUCAAUGCUAAUGAAACAUCGAGUCGUGCUGGUACACCUCUGCUUGGACCCUGUGCUUCCUCUUCUUCUAUUGAAGUUCCACCCAUGUUCCUUCCAGAAGUAAUCACGCGAUCCUUUUCGAUGCCUAUAAGAAGAGAAUAACCAGAAAAAGACUAACACCACGAAAUCCAAAAAUUUCUAAGGGAGGUUAUUCGUGUAAUAUGUGUAAUUUUAUAUGUAUCAGAAUGGUGUGUAAAAAGAUAAUACUUUUCAUGUGCAAGAACCGCAUGUAGGUCAUAUACACUACAGGAGAAUUGAUGGAAAAUCAUUCUCAAGGCAUCACCAUUGAAUCGAGUUGGAAUGGGUU